AUGAACAUCAAUCAUCAUCAGUACGACAAGCGACGCAGACACCUGCACGUGCGAGGGACGAAGCAGCAAGAAGAGGCCGCCAGCAAGGUGACAACUUCUUCAUCCUCUUCGAGGCCGUGGUGGCUUCGAGACUGGCGCACUGGCACAAAGGCCUUUGCAAGGGCCUGGGUACGUUGUGGCCUGCAUGAAGCUGAGAGAGGCAUCUACCUCCUGGCAGCCAAGUGGGAGCGGCUGGCACGGAGCUCAAAGACAGGCCAGAAUGAUUCAUUGCACUUCAACGAGUAUCUCAGGGAUCCGAUGGCAGCGAUGCCCUGGUUGGCGUGCCAGCGUACAGCACCACGCCACUCGGCAGAGAUCCGGCAGCUGCAGGCAGGGGACACCAAGACACCAGAGAGGCUAGGCGAAGCGCCAUUUCUGAUUCAAAAUGUGCGCCGCAAGAGCCUGACAGCUGGUGUCUGUGAGGAGGAGGUGGAAGGGACAGAGCCCGUGGGCAGUGCAACCAGCACAGCUGUCUGGAUCUCAGAAGUGCGGAGUUCUGAAUCCUACUCCUCUUCCGUCCUGGCGUCCGUUCAGCUGAGGUACACGGAUGGCAUGAGCUCACAAUGGGCUUUGCAGGCCUUCAUUAGUGCAGCGGGCCAUGCCUUUUGGGCGAGCUCCUUCAGCCGCUGCCGCGGCUCGUUCACAGUGUCGAAGGAUGGCUAUCAGGCCUUUCUCCGGAGCCCAGAUGCUUCGGUCGGAGCUGCAGUUCUCAUGGAGACUAGCCUUAUCUCAGUGGAUGUGGCGCGGAUUCUGAUGGCCGAUGCUGAGAGAAAUUUUGCUUCCUUGGAAGAUGCCCGUAUCGUCCACGCUGUCGGUGAUGAGAUGAGCACAGAGGUCUGGCCGAAGGAACGACCCAAUUGCCUUCAGCCUUGCGGUAAGGGCUGCUUCUGCAUGGCAGCGAAGCACUAUGAUGACAUUUACUUCUGUGACUGCACGGGCCGCAAUGCUGAGAACGAGAGGGUUUAUCGACAGGAGUUCUCAUACGCCGACUUGACCAAGCAUCCCGACAAGAAGGGCAAAGUGGAUCCUGCUUGGAAGCAUGACAAGUGCCUGGCCUCGGCGGGCGCUCCCUGUGGUGCCCUUUUUGCGGAGCUUCGGGACGUGUCGCAGGUGCUCUCAGAACAAACUGGUCUGCGCCCACUCGGCGCCGCUGUCUUCCAGGGCCAUGCCGUUUGGAGCUCGGACCAGCUCAUGUCGGAGGUGGCUCGGGGAAGCUGGGGUCUGGCCCGUGCGCAUGGCAACGAUUUGGCAGUUCCUGAAGGUGAUGCGGAGGAACGGUGGUCCAUGCUUUGGCAGCAGAGACAAGUUGUGCCAAGAACUUCAGAUGUGCGGGGCUCGAGGAUCUGA